AUGUUGUUUGUCUCUGGUCUGAUCAAGCAGAUCGCUCACGGAAAAGCCCUUUUAGCACCUUUCUCCGGUAUGGGCAGUGUCACGGAGAGCAAGGAGCUGUCAGUUGCCGCAGGAGCUGAAGCCGAAUUGAACGCGCCCCAAGGGACUGUCAGUGAGAAUUUGAUGGGAGUACCAGAGGGCCGUCCACCUCCCGAACAGGAGAAGGAGGUGGAGAUUCUUCAAGCAAGUCCGCCUUUGCUGGAGAAAGUACAGGCUGGUUUCGACUUGACCAACAAGGCCCUUGCCUGUGUGCGCGACCAAGAUCAGGUACAAGAGCAAACCCAAAAGGACCUGGCGACAUUCGCCGCGGAAUACUCUUCCGACAAAGUCUCUGCCAAGUACAGCAUGGCACAAAUUCAAGGUCUCAAGGCGAACCUUGAACAGAUAGAGUGGCAGCUUACGGGGCCGAGAUCCGAGACAAAUGUUGCCAUCAAGCCUGUUGGGAAUAAAAUGCUAUCAAACCUUGUCAACAUGCUCUCGACCUUAAAGUCAAUUCAAUCAGAAACGAAGGAGCAACACACCUCCCUGAUGAAUGCCUUCAAGGAGUUGACAGCUGCAAUCUCUGGUUUGCCCAGCAAUCCGUGUGGGAGUGCCGUGAAUGACAUCAACUCCUAUGACCCCAACACUGGGAAGUGCAGUGCCCCUUCAGGGAAAUCCUCCGACAGCAGCGUAUGGCCAGCCUGGGUAUGUUGCACCGGGAGCGAUGCACCAGACUAUGGGUCGCGGUGGCAUGCCUGGAAUGCGGGCACCUGCAGCCAGCAGCUUUGA